GUGGAGAGCUAUGUUUCACAUAUUCGUGGGCUGCUGGAAGAGCGCGAGUCUCUUACUUCGGAGUAUGAGAGAGACAAUGAACAGCUGCGCGAAGAGCUACACCAAAUCAGACAACAACAGGAGGGUCAGAGCAAGGAGCUUGCAGAGAUGUUGGCUCAGGAGGAACUCGGGGAGAUGGGCUUGAGCAGCCCCAGUGAGCAGGUGGCGUACCUGCUGGUGGAGAGGGCCACACUACUGGAGAGGCUGGAGGCUGCUGAGAGGAGACUGGAAAGUCAGAGCCUCACCGGCAGCUUCAUGGAAGUCCAGCACCAGGAGCAUAUUCGCCAGACGAUGGGGGAGGAGCUAAGGCAGCACAGGGUGGAUAUGCAGAAAGCCGUAGAUAACAUGACAAAGGUGAGGUCAUUGUGCUUGUUGCUGAGUUACAGAUCUGUAUAAGAUCAGGUUAAAUUAAGUCUGAGAUCAAAAAAGAACAUCCCUUAUAUUUCCAGUUAAAGGGACGGUUCAUACAGAGUGGUCUCUUUCCAGAAAUCAUGAAUGGUUAAAUAUAGUAACUACUUUCUUGAGUAAGCUUAAUACAAUGUAGUUCCUUUAUAUUCAAGAGAAGGCAGACGAUCGUUAUGUUCAGCACUGGGCAUCGUACAUCCCAACAAUCUAGACUGCAGGAUAUAGGAAGAAUGUGUACUUUUGAUAAUUUGGGUGAACUUAUUUGGGUAUUUUAAGGACUUUUACUAUUUCUAUUUUAUUUGUAUUUAC